AUGUCUUCUAAAUCCGCAGAAAAGGAUAAAUCAAAAGUCCACAAGCUCGCCAUCAAGGGGAGUGCAAAGCUUGUGGCCGAGUUCUUCCAAUACUCGAUUCAUACCAUCUUAUUCCAAAGAGGCGUCUACCCUGCCGAAGACUUCACAGCCGUAAAGAAAUAUGGCCUAAACAUGCUAGUUUCCGCGGACGACCAAGUCAAAGCGUACAUCAAGAAGAUAAUGUCGCAGCUAGACAAAUGGAUGCAGCGCGGCAAGAUCAGCAAGCUCGUCAUCGUCAUCACGGACAAAGACACAGGCGAACACGUCGAGCGCUGGCAAUUCGACGUCCACAUCUUCAACGCCCCUUCCAAGUCCAAAAAGUCUAAAUCCUCCUCUUCCGCCGCUAACAGCGCCGAGAACGACGCUCCCCCGUCCGCGUCCAACACGGCGUCCCCGGACCCUUCCAAGACCGAGGCCGAGAUCCAAGCCGAGAUCGCCGCGCUCUUCCGCCAGAUCACAGCCUCCGUCACUUUUCUACCCCAGCUUGCUGGCGAUUGCACCUUCAACGUCUUGGUGUACGCCGACGCGGACAGCGACGUGCCCGUCGAGUGGGGAGACAGCGACGCCAAGGAGAUCGUCAACGGCGAGAGGGUGCAGUUGCGAGGGUUCAGCACCACGAGUCACCGCGUCGAAACGCUGGUUAGCUAUAGAUUAGGGGAGUAA